GAACAACAAUGAUAUACUUGCAUGUUCGUAAUGGUUAGAAAUAAUUAAUAUCACAGCAGCUGCGGCAACGGAACCAUGGCCGGUGGAGUAAUGAUUCACCGUCCUGGUAACGGCGGUGGCGGCGUGGAGUAUCCCGGAAAGCUCACCCUCUACGUUCUUGUCACUUGCAUUGUCGCUGCCAUGGGAGGCCUUAUUUUCGGUUACGAUAUCGGGAUUUCAGGGGGUGUGACAUCUAUGGACAGUUUCUUGGGGAGAUUCUUCCCAAAAGUGUACAGGCAGGAGAAGGCAGAUUCUUCUUCCAACCAAUACUGCAAGUUUGACAGUCAAACUUUGACCUGGUUCACUUCCUCCCUCUACUUGGCUGCUCUGGUCUCCUCCAUUUUUGCCUCAUUUGUCACCAGAAAGCUGGGCAGGAAGGCGUCCAUGAUGAUCGGAGGUUUCGUCUUUCUCGCCGGUGCUCUCAUCAAUGGCCUCUCCCAGGCUCUCUGGAUGCUCAUCGUCGGCCGCAUUUUGCUUGGAAUUGGAAUUGGCUUCGCCAAUCAGUCUAUUCCACUCUACUUGUCGGAGAUGGCGCCUUUUAAGUACAGAGGGGCCCUAAACAUCGGCUUCCAGCUAUCCAUCACUCUGGGCAUCUUGAUCGCCAAUGUGGCUAACUAUUACUUCGCUAAGAUCUCAUGGGGAUGGCGUUUGAGUUUGGGUGGCGCCAUGGUUCCCGCCCUCAUCAUCACCGUCGGCGCCUUCUUCCUUCCCGACACUCCCAACUCAAUGCUGGCUCGAGGAAAGAACGAAGAAGCCAAAGCUAGGCUCCAGAGGAUUAGGGGAGUCGACGACGUCGACCAGGAGUUCAACGACCUGGUCGCCGCCGGCGAGGCUUCCAAGAGAGUGCAGAACUCCGGGAGGAAGCUGCUGCAGAGGAAGUACAGGCCUCAGCUUGUGAUGGCGAUCUUG